AGAACUUCCCCUGCUCCGCCACACAAUUUCUCCACCAAUUUUCACAAUCCAAUUCUUCACCCAAUGCAAUGAUCCCUAGAGCAAGCUACUGCAUUUAGGAUAAAAAUCAUUUCUUUCUUUCUUUCAGGGGGACAAUGGCUGCGGAGCCUGAGAUUCAGAAAUCCCUAUCUCAGUCAAUGGCUUCCCAGUCCUCUGGGUCGACCAGCAGCGCCAGCAAUCGGGGCGAGCCGAUGAACAUAGUGGUGGCUCAGUACCCGGUGGAUGCCAAGCUGCAUGCGGUGUUCGAGCAGUCUGGGGAGUCGUUUGAUUACUCCAACUCCGUGAAGAGCGCGACGGGCUCCGUCCCGGAUGAGCAGAUCGUGGCCUACCUCUCGAGCAUCCAGAGGGGCGGCCAUAUACAGUCGUUUGGGUGCAUGAUUGCGGCGGCGGAGGAGGGGUUCGGGGUCAUCGCUUACAGCGCGAAUGCACGCAAGGUGCUCGGUGUAAUGCCCCACAGCGUGGAUCAGCUCGUGAUGGGUGCGGAUGUGAGGACCCUCUUCACGCCUUCCAGCGCUGUUCUCCUCCAACGCGCAUUUAGGGAGCAGGAGAUCACGUUGCUGAACCCAAUCUGGGUGCAGUCCAAGAACUCUGGUAAGUAUUUCUAUGCGAUUUUACACAGGGUUGAUGUUGGGAUUGUGAUUGACUUGGAGCCUGCCAAGGGCGAGGACCCUGCAGUGUCCCUGGCUGGGGCAGUGCAGUCCCAGAAACUCGCCGUGAUGGCCAUUUCCCGCUUCCAGUCGCUCCCCGGUGGGGAUAUUAAGCUUCUCUGCGAUACUGUGGUUGAGUCGGUGAGGGAGUUAACGGGUUAUGACCGUGUUAUGGUGUAUAAGUUUCAUGAAGAUGAGCAUGGGGAGGUUUUGUCUGAGAGCAAGAGACCGGAUUUGGAGCCUUUCAUUGGCCUACACUAUCCAGCCUCUGAUAUCCCUCAAGCAUCCAGAUUUCUGUUCAAGCAAAACAGGGUAAGGAUGAUCGUUGAUUGUCAUUCCUCUCCAGUCCCCAUCAUCCAAGACGAAGCUCUGCCGCAGCCAUUGUGUUUGGUUGGCUCAACUCUCCGAGCUCCACACGGAUGCCACGCGCAGUACAUGGCGAAUAUGGGAUCCACGGCCUCUUUGACACUCGCCGUGAUCAUAAACGGAAACGACGAGGAUGCUGUGGGAGGGAGGAAUUCAAUGAGGCUAUGGGGUUUGGUUGUGGGCCACCACACUACCCCUAGAUGCAUCUCGUUCCCCCUUCGUUCCGCCUGUGACUUCCUCAUGAAGGCCUUUGGGCUCCAACUGAAGAUGGAACUCCAAUUGGCAUCACAGGUUACCGAGAAGCAUGUGUUAAGGACACAAACACUUUUGUGUGACAUGCUCCUUAGGGGCUCCGCCGUGGAAAUUGUCACCCAAAGCCCAAAUAUUAAGGACCUUGUGAAAUGUGAUGGGGCCGCACUAUACUACCAUGGCAAAUACUACCCUUUAGGUGUGGCACCUACGGAAGACCAGAUAAAGGAUAUAUGUAAGUGGUUGUUGACUUUCCAUGGUGACUCAACCGGUUUGAGCACCGAUAGCUUGGCUGAUGCUGGGUAUCCUUAUGCAUCCUCACUGGGUGAUACAGUUUGUGGGAUGGCCGUUGCUUAUAUAACACCUAGAGACUUCUUGUUCUGGUUUCGGUCACGAACUGUGAAAGAGACUAAAUGGGGUGGUGCUGUUCAUAGUCCGCAAGAUAAAGAUGAUGGGCAAAGGAUGCACCCUCGAUCUUCAUUCAAGGUGUUUCUUGAUGUGGGUAAGAGGUGCAGUCUGCCAUGGGAGAAUGCAGAAAUGGAUGCGAUACACUCUUUGCAGCUUAUCCUACGUGAUUCUUUUAAGGAUGUCUCAGGAAACAAUCCUAAGGCCGUUGUGGAAUGGCAAGGGGCAGAUGAGCUUAGCUAUGUUGCUAGAGAGAUGGUUAGAUUGAUAGAAACUGCCACGGCUCCUAUAUUCUCUGUAGACACAGAGGGACGCAUAAAUGGAUGGAAUGCCAAAGUUGCUGAGUUGGUCGGGUUGUCAGUUGAGGAAGCAUUGGGAAUGUCAUUAGUUCGCCACAUUGUUCACAAGGAUUCACAAGAAACUACCGAGAAGCUCUUGUUUAAGGCUUUAAGAGGCGAGGAAGACAAGAACAUAGAGAUGAAGAUGAAAACAUUUGGCACUAACCGACGUACAAAGGCAGUUUUUCUGGUGGUCAAUGCUUGCUGUAGCAAAGACUACACACACAAAAUAGUUGGUGUCUGUUUUGUUGGUCAAGAUGUCACAGGACAUAAAAUAUUGGCUGACAAGUUUGUUCGCAUACAAAGCGAUUACCAGGCAAUUGUGCAUAGCCCCAACCCUCUGAUCCCUCCCAUAUUUGCUUCAGACAAGAAUGCUUUUUGCUCCGAGUGGAACACAGCCAUGGAAAAGCUUACAGGGUGGGGCAGAGAGGAGAUGAUAGGGAAAAUGUUAGUUGGUGAGCUUUUUGGAAGGUUCUGCAGACUCAAGGAUCCAGAUGCUAUGAUGAAAUUCAUGAUCGUAUUGCAUCAUGCCAUAGGAGGGAAAGACACGGAAAAUUUCCCUUUUUCCUUUUUUGACAGAAAUGGAAAAUAUGUCCAAACGCUGUUGACAGCAAAUAAGAGAGUGAGUUUGGACGGAAAAAUUAUCGGAGCAUUUUGUUUCUUGCAUAUUUCUAGUCCUGAAGUCCAGAGUCAAGGAGGAAGCAACGACCGGUCCUCUAAGAAAAAAGAGAUGGAUUAUAUAUGUCAAGAAAUUAUAAACCCGCUGAAUGGUAUACGCUUUACAAACUCGUUACUCAAGUCUACGAAUUUGACCCAACCUCAAAAGCAGUUCCUGGAGACUAGUGAUGCUUGUGAGAAACAGAUGUCAAAGAUUAUAAAGGACAAUGUUGGCCCCAAAAACAUUAAAGAUGGGUCACUGGAGCUGGAGGAAGAAGAAUUUUGUCUUGGGAGUGUCGUAGAUGCAGUUGUGAGCCAAGUAAUGGAAUUGAUAAAAGAAAGAGGUCUGCAACUUAUAGAUGACAUUCCCGAGAGAAUUAAGACACUGGCAGUCUAUGGCGAUCAAGUCAGAAUUCAACAGGUGCUGUCUGAGUUUUUGCUUAACAUGGUACACCAUACAUCGCCUCCCAAAGGAUGGGUACAAAUCAGUGUGCAGGCUAGUUUGAAGCAGAUUUCUGAUGGAGUGACUGUAGUUCAGAUUGAAAUCAGGUGUGUUUGGCUCUAACUUCAUCCAUCUUCGUCCUUGUAUGACUUUAUAUUGAGUAAACUGCAACAUCUUCUGCCACGACUUUUCUGUUCAGAAACCGUGUGAGUGCGCUUCCUGUGUCUCCCUUUCCCAAAAAAAGGCUUGCCUGCCCAGGUGAAGGCCUGCCUGCAGAAUUGGUCCGCGAGAUGUUCCAUACCAAUCAAUGGGUGACUUCAGAAGGAUUGGGAUUGAGGAGGUGCAGGAAAAUACUGAAGCUAAUGAAUGGGGAAAUUCAAUAUGUAACAGAAUCAGAAAAAUGUUGUUUCAUCAUCACCCUCGAGCUGCCAACGUCCAAACGAGGCACUAGAAAGCGUUUUAUAGUUCUGUAGCAGCGGUGAGAAGGAUAUUCUCCUCGCGCCAACGUUAUUUAAUCAGCAUUUUUCUCUGUACUAAAUUAGCUCUUUGAUUCAUUUUCAAAAAAAAAAAGGUAGCUGUUUGUUUUUUUUU